AUGAUAAAUGCUGACUUCAGCACUGCGACGGUGUUAAUUUCAUUUGGCGCUGUGCUGGGGAAGACCAGCCCCGUCCAGAUGUUGAUCAUGGCUGUCCUGGAGAUCUUUGUGUUUGCGUGUAAUGAACAUCUUGUAGCCUUCUUACAGGCUACAGAUGUUGGUGCAUCCAUGAUUAUCCAUGCAUUCGGAGCCUACUUCGGGUUGGCUGUGUCGGCAGUUCUUUAUCGAUCUGGACUGAAAAACGGACAUGAGAACGAAGGAUCCGUCUAUCACUCUGACCUAUUUGCUAUGAUCGGAACCCUCUUUCUGUGGAUGUUUUGGCCAAGUUUCAAUUCUGCCAUUGCUGAACAUGGAGCAGAUCAAGAAAUGGCAAUUAUUAACACUUACUUCUCAUUGGCGGCCUGUGUACUAACUGCAUAUGCCUUCUCCAGCUUGCUAGAACAUAAAGGGAAGUUUGACAUGGUCCACAUUCAGAAUGCCACCCUGGCCGGAGGUGUCGCCGUGGGCACCUGCGCUGAUAUGAAUAUCGGGCCAUUCGGAGCAAUGAUCAUUGGUUUUAUUGCUGGAAUUAUAUCCACUGUGGGAUUUAAGUUUUUGACUCCAAUUGUUGCUUCCAAGCUGAGGAUCCAGGACACAUGCGGUGUGCACAACCUACACGGCCUGCCAGGAAUCUUUGGAGGCAUUGCAGGGAUAGUGGCCACAGCGCUUGGAGCUAAGCCCCAAUAUAGUCCCAUCCUUCAAGGAGCUGCGUUGGCUGCAACGUUUGGCAUCGCUGUUGUUGGAGGAGUGAUUACAGGAUUCAUACUAAAAUUACCUUUCUGGGGGCAACCACCUGACCAGAGCUGCUACGAUGACUCAAUCUACUGGGAAGUUCCUCUAGAAGAGGAUGAACAAGAAAACCAGUAUCAUGGUGAACAUGGAAAGAUCAAGAUGGACGCAUAAACCAGGAACAUCGCUACGGAAUCCUGUCCUCCCCCGAUGUUAUUACUGAUGAGUUUAGUAAAGACUCAAACUGACGUCUGUUUUACAGAGUACCGAUACCUGUAAAGAUAUCAACUAGUAAUUCAUGUAUAAAAGCAUCUUAUAGGGGUUAUGUCCCGGCAAAUGCACCAUGCCUAAUUCAUUAUAGUUCGAGAAUUGGGAAGGUUUAGAACUUUAUUAUAUAUCAAAGAUAUUUUUAGUCUUCCAUUGUUAUUUUUUUGUUUUAGAUUAUAUAUGAUUUAUUUAAGAGAGAGCAUUUUGUUUCUUACAUUAUACAAUAAUACUACAAAACCCCUCACACUUGAAACAAAUUGAAUCUUCCAUUUCUGAUUUCCUAGCGUUAUGUUCCCUCUAGCUGUGCAUGUUGGUUACUGAAUAAUUAUACCCUACAGUGAUGUACCAGGGCACUUCAGCUAUCUGGUCAUAAUGACAAGGGUGCUGCACAGAGGAGUCUGGGAGCUGAGUCUUGGGUGGGUGUUGAGCGCCUCUUUAGGCAAUAGUGCGCCUCGAAAGGCACCCCCACGAUGGAAGCAGGUGACGCCAUGGUAGCAAACGUUCCACAACCUUGCACUUGGGCUCUGUACAGAGGUUCUGGCCUCUCCGCCCUUGGUACGGACCUGCCUGUCUGCCCCCAUGUAGAUAAAACAUUAAAAAAAUAAAAAAAUAAAAAAGAUUCAUGUUAAGAGCUGUGGUUAAAGAGAUACCUGUAAAAAAUUAUUUUUCUUUUUAGUUAUUUUUCUUUUUACUUAUUAGAAUUCCAGAUAGAUCACUGUCCCACUUACUGCUUUUGUACUGUGUCGUUGCCAGUAGGGUUAGAGAGGGGUAACAAAUAAAAAUGGCAAAAACUAAAAAAACAAAACAAAACCUAAGUAUUUAAAAUACAGGCAUGAUUAAUAUAUGCAUUUCUCUGUGUACUAGUGAUUAAUAAUGAUAUAAUGAGCAAAUAUAAGCGACCUUUGUGGCAUAAUUUUAACAUUUGUUUUCCAUCACACAUUUCUUAUUAGUUAUUGAAUAAAGGGGGAAAAUAGCCAUUAAAAUGGACAGUUUGAGGAUAAGAGAGGUUGUGUAUUAUAUAUGGCUAUUCAGUUGUUAUGUUGUAAUAUUUUUUAUUAAUUUGUUGCAUUAAAACAACAUUUAGAAAUGUAAUUUGAAUGCUGUUUGUCUUCCUUGUGUACACGACCGUUACGUCUGAGUUAUUUGUGAACGCUGACCAGGAAAACGAUAAAGAACCUUAAACAUUUCCGUCUCGUUCAGCGCAUCUGUAGAGAAAAGCCAGCCAUUUCUGUUUUAGAUUAAAGAUGAGCAUACUGAAUGCACUUCACUAGCUUUGAGAAGAGAAUAUUAGUUUGAUACAAGUCUCAUUGCCCCGUUUUUACUCGCACCCCAAAGAGAUGAAGAGGAAAUUCAGCCAUGCAAUUGGUAGCGUAAUAGUCAAACAUGUGUGCAGCCGCAUAAUUCCCCCUAAAUAAACUGUGUAAUAAUUCCCCCCAAGGUGUUAUAAAAGUAAAUAAUAUCACAAAACUGAACACUUUUCUACCGUCAAUUAUAAAUCAACAAUACAACGCGGGUGGAGAGUCCGACAGCAUGAAAGGGACUAUUGAUGAAAAUGUGAGGAUAGUACUGGGUGGGAUGCAGUCAAUAAAUCGGCUGUUGGGAUCCCGGCAUUCAGAAGACCGACGCCAGACUCCCGGCAGCCGGUUAAAUACCGACGCCUGGAUUCCCAACAUACGCUCGGUAUUCCCACCCGGUUGGUGGAUCUACAAGUGGGAAUAGAACCUGUGGCGAGCGCAGAGAGCUCACGAGGGGACUCGCUGCCGGGAUUCCGGCAGACAGGAUGCCACUGUCGGUACAGUGACAGCCGGCAUUCCGUCUGCCGGUAUAUCAUAUGUAUUCCUAUUGGAGGAGCACAGUACGAUGAUCGCAGCUCAACGCUAAAUACAAUUAUGUAUGUGAUUUUAUAAGAACCAUGAGACUAUUAGCUAGAGCUGAAUAAUUCCAUGAUAAAAUAGUUCUUUUAACUCAUAACAACCUGUACCUCAAUGCCAAUUUAUGUACAUGUGUUAUUACUUAUCUGUACUAAAUAAACUAAGCUAUUCCUAAAA